AUGGUAGAUGUUAAGUAUGAAAAACCUUCUGAUACUAGCUAAUAUCCUUUGUCACCCAUAUAACUAGUCUUUAAAGUUAACGAUAAUUUUUCUAAGUUUUAAAGACUCUAAAAGCCAUCUUUGAAAGCCUAUCCUCCUUAAUGUCCUAACUCGCAAUCUCUUAUUUAAAUGGCAAGGUGUCUUAAACAUGGUAACUUUUACAGAUAUGUCAUAAUAACUUUAAUACCUUUACUCUUAAUAUUUCCAAACUCAAAUCCUAAAGAUAAUUAAACUAAAUUAUUUUGGACUUAUAAUUAUUGA